AUGUUAAGGCCUAUAUUGUGCUCUCGUGUAGAACCAGUUUAUCAAUUAUGUCGUGGUAUUACUAACAAGAGCAUUAAGAACAUAAUAAACUCCAAUCUAAAAGAAUUUCUGCAGUUAAUAAAAGAAGGGCACAUUUAUGCAUGCUAUGAAACAAAAGAAGAAUUAGACAUUAAACGAAAAUUGCAGUUAAAACAUGGGCUUCCUCCGGUAUAUGAUAAGAGUGCAUUACUUCUCACUGAACAGGAAAAAUUUUGUUAUGAGCAAGAAGGACGAAAACCACAUUUUAGAUUUAAGUUGGAUAGGAAUGAAGUUGUCAAAUGGAAUGAUGAGGUUAAAGGUGAAAUAAAUAUUGCAACCAGCAGUAUAAGCGACCUCGUGGUCUUCCAGUACACUUUUGAUCUUCUUAAUUUUACCUUCAUUUCCUUCCUCUCUAAAAUACAUGACCAGUCCUUUAUCUUAACCAAAAAAAUCAUUAACGUUGAAAAUGCUUAUGGAAGUAAGCCAGUGCAUAGGGCCGCUUCCGGUCUCCUCGUUCUGCAUUUUUAUCAUCUGAUUGAGGGUUUAAAAGCGCUGUCAGCUGUUUUCCGGCCCCACCUGCUCCAGAUUCCCGGCCAUGACGCUUGCUUCUCACACUAA